AUGUGUGGAGAGCAUAAAGAUUCUGGAAUCCUUAGGCAUGGCUUUCUUGCAUCAUCUUCAGAAGAGGCAGAUUCUAUUCAGAAUUCAUCAUUGAAGCAAAAUGGGAAAUCAGCUUCUUGCUCAAAAACUUUGGCCCCACAUAAAUCGACAGCAGUGGGGUUUGAUGACAGGAUGUUGCUUCAUUCUGAAGUUGAAAGGAAGUCUCUUCCUCAUCCAGAAAGACCAGAUCGUCUUCGAGCAAUUGUUGCCAGCCUGGCAACUGCAGGUAUAUUUCCUGGAAGAUGCCAACCGAUUUCAGCAAGAGAAAUUACACGUGAAGAACUUCAGAUGAUCCACUCUCAUGAGAAUAUUGAAUCUGUUGAACUCACAAGCCAACAUGUUGCUAGGCUGGCAGCAGGGUUAUGUGUUGACCUGGCAUCAUCUAUAUACUCGGGGCGUGCUAAAAACGGGUUUGCACUGGUGCGUCCUCCAGGUCAUCAUGCUGGAGUGAGACAAGCAAUAGGAUUUUGUCUGCAUAACAAUGCAGCCAUUGCUGCAUCAGCAGCACAAGCUGCAGGAGCAAAAAAAGUCUUGAUUGUUGAUUGGGUGUUGUAUAUAUCCUUACAUACACAUGAAGGUGGAAAAUUCUACCCUGGUACAGGCGCUGCCCAUGAGGUGGGGUCCAUGGGUGGAGAAGGGUAUUGUGUAAAUGUUCCAUGGAGUCGUGGAGGAGUUGGGGACCAUAGUCACAGGAUUCGCCAAAGUAGUCACGAUCCACGUUCCAAACGGCUCGAUCCCAAACGGGGUACGAUUGCGUAUCGAUCGCCGACAGAAACGCCCUCCGGCUUGUGGUGGUUUGCGAUAAUGACAGCCGGAUCAGGCGGUAUGAGGAGGUCGAUGGUGGUGCGGGACAGCGACAUCAACAGCAAUGUGGGUUUUGAUGGGGAAUCGCCGGAACAGGGGUUGGUUUUGGUGGGGAAUCGUCCGAAAGAACGAGACUAG